AUGGAGAAAACAGACACUCGUGGAACUGCCAAGGAAAAGACUGAACCUGGUUAUGUCCGUAAAUAUCUACCUGUUAUCUGCUUUCUUCUGGUUUGUUUAUUAACCUGUUCGACAAGACUUUAUAAGUUAGAUGAACCGCAACAUGUCUGUUGGGACGAAGCCCAUUUUGGUAAGCACGGUAGUUGGUAUAUUAAUCGAACGUUCUUUUUCGACGUUCAUCCACCUCUCGGCAAGAUGUCGAUAGGCCUAAUUGGUUACUUAACAGGCUAUAACGGAACCUUCGCCUUUGAUAAGCCUGGAGACAAGUUUAAUGGACACCUUGUCAUGGGUAUGAGAUAUUUCUGUGCAAUUUUAGGAUGUUUCUUUGUUGCUUUCGUUUACCUUAUUACCUGGGAAUUAAGUCAAUCAGUCGAAGCUUCAUGCCUUGCAUCUCUAUUUGCUAUAUUCGAUCAUGGUACUAUUACACUAUCACGUUAUAUCUUACUGGAUCCGAUUUUAUUAUUCUAUAUCAUGUCGUCAACCUAUUUCGGUAUCAAAUUUUUAAACACUAAAAAUCGUCCUUAUUCAUUGUCAUGGUGGUUAUGGCUAUCUUUAACCGGCGUUUCGUUAGGAUGUGCAAUUAGCGUAAAAUUUGUUGGCCUAUUUGUUAUCCUGUUUACCGGUUAUUCAACAGUAAUGGAUUUAUGGAGAUUAUUCGGAGAUUUAAAUCUGUCAAUGGUUGACCUGAUUAAACACUUUUUGGCCAGAGCAGUGUGCUUAAUCCUGAUUCCCUUAUUGGUAUAUUCCUUGUUAUUUGUAAUUCAUUUAAAAGUACUUCACAAAAGUGGCAAAGGUGAUGGAUUUUACAGCUCCUCAUUUCAAGCCACUUUGAAAGGAAACGACCUUUACGACGUCAAACUGCCCACAUAUGUUGCGUAUGGCUCAGUAGUUACAAUAAGAAAUUACCGAAGUGGAGGAGCUUUAUUGCAUUCACACCCACACUUAUAUCCACCCACAGUUGCCAAAAUGCAGCAACAACAGGUUACUACAUAUUCUCACAAAGACGAAAAUAACCUUUUUAUGAUUAAGAAACAUAACGCCAGUUAUAGCGAUCAACAAUCGUUAGAGUACGUUAAAAAUGGCGACAUUAUCAGAUUAGAACAUGUUCAAACUAAACGUAACCUGCACAGUCAUCUAGAGAGAGCUCCAGUUACUAAAAGACACUAUCAAGUAACUUGCUAUGGAAAUAAUGGAACAGGAGAUGAUAAUGACUACUGGGUGAUACACGCGACUAAUGCCGAAAUUGGGAGUAAAAUUUCUAUCGUGAAAUCUAUUCUUCGCUUUGUACAUUACAAUGUCAAGUGUGCUUUGCAUUCGCACGAAAAACAACUACCGAAAUGGGGUUGGGAACAAAUGGAGGUUACGUGUAACCCAAAAAUUAAGCAUAAAAACAACCUUUGGAAUAUUGAAGGCCACCAGAAUCCUCGAUUAUCGGUUGAUGACUCAGAUGUACACAAGGCUUCCACUUAUCAAAAGUUUUUGGAGUCUCAUUUUGUUAUGCUACAGGGAAAUUCUAAUCUCAAACCUAAAGAAGGAGAAUAUACCUCACAACCUUGGCAUUGGCCAAUCACAUAUAAGGGUCAGCACUUUUCCGGAGGUGAUUUUAGAAUAUACUUACUUGGUAACCCAGUACUUUGGUGGACAAACCUAAUAGUGCUGAUAAGCUUUCCAUUUGGCUACUUGUAUCAUGCAAUAAGGUGCCAACGAGGUUGUCAAGAUCAGAAUGAACUGCGAACGAAAUUAUUUUCUUCUUGCUGGUGGUUAUAUCUUGGAUGGGCGACCCAUUAUAUUCCUUUUUAUUUAAUGGGAAGAGUUUUAUACUUUCACCAUUACUUCCCUUCUUAUUUGUACAGUUGUAUGAUAACCGGUACGUGUAAGCCGAAAUGA